AUGGCGUCUAAAGGAUUUGUUAAAAAUGAAAAGUUUGCAAACAUGGAAAAAAAUUCUGCGAAAAGCAAUAAAAAAGAGGACAAAAUGCUUGAUAUUGUUACAAUUAUCUUGCAAUUAAACAAAAACAAUUUAUUGGAAUCUCUACCAACCUACGUAAGUGUUAAUUUUUCUAAAAUUCCCAGUAUGGAUAAUAUAUCAAAUGUAAAUUUCAAUAAAAUUAAAUUGGAAAUUAAAGAAAUAUUGUACAAGCAAGAGUUGUACAUAGCAAAACUAUUAGAAAAUAUGAAUGUAAACUAUCUUGCCAGCAAACCGACCAGCGCACCUGAAUAUCAUACGCUGGAAAUUGUCCCACCAACUAAGCAAACUAAACAAAAGCAUUUUAUUGACAACAGAGUUAACAACAACAACAAUUUCAGCAACAACAACAGUACUCUAUUGGCAGAUGUUGCGAGAACUCCAACUGAAAAUAUCGACCAACCAUUCACAGUUGUUCAGUCAAAAAAACGACCAAGAUUAAACAUCACUCCAGAGAUGGUUGAACGAAGUAACGUCAAUAAUGGAAGCAUCAUAAAAUCUGCUACAGAGAAUAUGAUGGAAAAACCAUGCCACAGAAACGAUGUUAUGGAAUAUUUAAAAUCCAUUGAUAUAAAUGUCAUUUCAUGUUUUCCAGUACUGAAACGCACAGAUUCUCCCGCCAAUGAAAGUCCAAACAACGACGAUUGCGAGUCUACGAUGUUCAGGGUAUGCGUUGAAAGUAGCGAUGCUGCUAAGAUGAAAAAUCCGGACGUUAUCUUGCAACAUAUCAUCGUCAAAGAAUGGAGGUUCAACCCCAAAAAAACCGAUGACAAAAACAACAACAAACACGAAGAAUGA